AUUCCCCCCACUGACCCAAAUGAAGGGGCACACUUCCACCCAAUGACACCAACGAUUGGGCACAAUUGCUCUCAAUGACACCAACUAUGGGACCCAAUGACACCAAUGAUGGGUCACAAUGCCUCCCAAAGAUACAAAUGAUGGGGGACAAUUCUUCCCUCUGACACCAAUGAUAGGGCACUCUUCCUCCCACUGACACCAAUAGGGUGAUAUACCUCCCACUGACUCAGAAGAUGGAGCAUUUUCUAUUCCCACUGACGUCAGGACUUUUCUACUCCCAAUGGCCAAAGCUCGUACACUUUACAGAUGGUCUUCUAAUACGUUUCCUGGGGCACUAUUCCAAGCCAAUACUCUUUGCCUUCAUGGAGCCAUCAAGUUCAUUGUCUUGUAAUGCCACAUCAUGUUGCUUCCUAACACUAACCUGCACACUUCCUCAAAUUUAUACCAACCUAUAGGCCAGGCUCCAUGCCCAAGAGAUUUCUGCAUCGCUAUACGACCCAAAGCCUCACUUUAGUGGGGCCCCAUUGAAUUUACACUGCUUCC